AUAGCCCCGCCCUUCAGCGCCGUUCCCCCGUGAGAGGUGAUGUCACGAGCGCUGCCCGUGUACGUUCCAGCUGACUCUUGCUACGAUACCGAGCGCUCGCUUUACCGAGUGCACGAAAAAAGGAAAGAGAGAGAGAAAGCAACAAAGAGGGCAGAGGAAUAAUAACAGCCAUCAGUCUUAACCGUCACAGCUCAAUUGUUUAUUAUAUUCUGAAGAGAGGGGUCCAUAUUUUUAUUUGCACACGGAGUUUUUCCAUCUCUCUCGAUUCGAAUUAGUCUUACAUUAUAGUUUACUUGCAGCUUCUUUGCCGACUGUUUGAGUCUGUGCCUCCAUGGACACCCGUCUAAACCAACUCAUUCGUUUUUUCGGGGAAUAUUUCUGUCCUGGACGCGAGGAGCACCAGUUAAAUGCGAUGACACACGUCAACAAAUGAACGGCGAUCCCACGGAAGGUUUACUGAAGGCGAAACCAUCGGCACAGUAUUCUUUAAAAAAAGAGCCAGUGCGUUAGAAGAGGAUGUUGAUCUUGAACUCCGCGAUAUUUCUCACUUGAGCGGACCAUAUAGGACGUCAGUUCACUUCGGUUUCCUAAUGGGAACGCAUUAGGACUUUGAAUACGAAUUUUAAAAGCUCAGAAACUUCCAAGGCGCGAGGCGUUCGUUCGACUGACAAACCUCUGUUUUUAGACCAUUUCUACUUUUGAUUGGAACACUUGAUUCAGUCAACCAGCUCAACUGUCCAGUGAUCUGAAAAAGUUAUUAACUGGUCGAACCCGGACUAGGUGUUACACCGAGGAAUGUCCAGGCCAGUUUCUCAGCUACUGCCAGCUGACCUUCCAGCAGGGACCAGUCCACAGCUCGGUCCUGCUAACCCUGCAGGUACCACCACCAAUGGCCACCUGAAUAAUUCCAUGGCCAGUCUGAAAACCCUUCUUCAGCUACCUAUUAAAGCGGACCAGAGAGGGAAAGACUGCUGUGCUGAGAUGAAAGAUAAAGAUAAACCUCAGGACUCUGAUGAGGAUUCAUUGGGUGGAGUUGGGGGCAUGAACGGUGGGAACGGCACCCUGCGUUCCUCUAACCAGUCCACCUUCCUCGGCCCACUGCUAUGGGAGCGUUCGCUGCCGUGUGACGGCGGUCUGUUCCAGCUACAGUACAUGGACCUGGAGGAGUUCUUGACGGAGAAUGGGAUGGGGUGCAUGCCGUCAGGAAACACCUGCAGUACGGCCGCUCAGGUCCCUUCUCAGAGCACGCAGUCGGCCGUACCCAGCCAGAGCUCGCAGUGCCCACCUUCUUCCUCUCCGCCCUGCUCUUCCUCUGCCUCCUCCAUCUCUUCCCUUUCCUCAUCGUCCUCAACAUCCUCUUUACUGGGUCUGGACGUGCCGCAGGGCCCUGGACUGCUGGGAGGUCCGGAGUGUCUGCAUGGGGCUCAAACUGUACCACCUGACCCUUCUCCGAGUCCCUCCUGCCCACCUCCGCCGGUGGUGCCGCCCACCAACGUGGCUGAUGUCAUGGUGAACUUUGAUCCGGACCCCGCUGACCUCGCCCUGUCCAGUGUGCCAGGCCAGGAGGCGUUCGACCCGCGCAGGCAUUGCUUCACAGAUGAAGAGCUGAAACCUCAGCCCAUGAUCAAGAAGGCCCGCAAAAUGCUGGUGCCAAAUGAGCAGAAGGAUGACAAGUACUGGAGCCGGCGCUUUAAGAACAAUGAAGCAGCAAAACGUUCCCGUGAUGCCCGCCGUCUGAAGGAGAACCAGAUUUCAGUCCGAGCAGCGUUCCUGGAACGGGAGAAUGCCACCCUUCGCCAGGAAGUCGCUGAUAUGCGAAAAGAGCUGGGCCGCUGUCGCAACAUCAUCAGCAAAUACGAGAGCCGCCAUGGAGACUUAUGAAGAGGGGAAAGGAAGAGAAGAACAGAAGGAAGAGAAAGACACAAAAAAAAAGCAUCUCAAGGGCUGUUCAACUCAUCCUGGAAUGGCAUUUUCUUGUAGAGCUUGCUUCAAAUAAGCACUACGAUACUCUGUUCACUAAUUUACGUUUCUUUCCGUACGUGCAGGGAUCGGUUGGAUUAGCUGCCGUGGUGCUUGGUUGAAACAAAUACUUGAAAAUUGUGGUUCAAAGUUGAACAGCCUCAGCCGAGGGAUGUGCACAAGGUCUACGUGUAAGCACAAGCACAUUUCAUAAGCACCGGCUCUUCUCCUACGAUACCACCCCAAACCUUGACUGAGGAUGUGCAAUCCAAACUCUCAUAAAUACUCACGGAUCGUAAAGGCAGAUCGUUUAGAACAUCAUGUAGCCCUUGUGAACAUCCUCUUUCUACACGGGAUGAUUUUCUCAGAGAGAGAACUAUAUACAGCAGGUGGUAGAGAUGUAAUUUUUUUUCUAUGCUAAAAAGAAAAACCCCACAUUGUAUAUUUUUGAACUGUUAGGGUCAGCUGUAAUAGAGUAGAUGAAGAGGCAGAGGAAGGAAAGAGAGUGCAAACGAGAUUUUGACAUAGGAAAACUGUAUAUUUUUAUACUUGCACAAGCAGGCAGGCGAUGAGAUUUUGGAAAUAAUCUUUUUUGUAUAUUUUAUAUAUGGGUGGGAGGGUGCGGGUAGCUAAACCGAAAGAGGGCUAUAUGAAAAUGGAUCGUUAUCAUAAAAUGAUAUAUUUGAAACAUUCAGAGAGCAGUUAGGAAGAACAAGACUAAAGGGACGAACGUCAUUUAGAGUUACGAAAGGAAACGGAGCGGAUUAGAAACAGAGAAAAUAGCGAACAUGAAAGCUGUAUAGUUUUACAUUUUUAAUCAUGGUUUUGUUCAAGCACUUGUUUUGGUAUCUUUGAUUCCUUUUCUUAAAAUUCUGUGUGUGUGUUCGUUUUAUCUUGAGGUGAGAGAGAGAUGGAGAAAGAGAGAGAGAAAAAUGGCAUUACAUCCUGUCACUAUGUCUCAGGAGUCGCGAAAUGUGGACAAGAUUUAUCAGUGUAUAUAUUUAAAUGUUAAAGCAAAUUCGUCCACCCACACACACUCUUUUUAACACAAUCUGGACAUGAGUUUUCAUGCCCGGUAUGACACACACACACACACACACAUAUAUAUAUAUAUAUAUAUAUUGGUGGAAAUAUAUAUAUACAUGCACAGACAGACUCAGAACGUGAACAACAGAACUGUUAAACACAGCAAUAUCGUUUCUCUUUCUUUCUCUCCUUCUCGAGCGUUUGACGUUGUGAUCGGUGCUGGUUUGGGAUUCUCACCCAGGUCGAGUCGGCAGCGAGUGGGUUGCAUGCUGGCGCAUGCUUGCGUAUUUUCCGCCACAGGAAAAACACUCUUUGUUUUUAUGACAUUUUAUAUGGUGCUCACCCAGUCUCUUGACCCAGACGCACAUAACCCACCAGUUAUACCCUGUAUGCCUAUAACCUUUGUUCUCUUAUGAUUUCUUAUGAUUGUUAUUGAUCAUUGUAUGAGGGAAUAUAUAUAUAUAUAUACCUAUAAGAGUAUAUCUAUACAUUUCCUCAAAAUUAACCCCACACCCCCCCAAAAAACAUGCACCCUAAUACUACUGUACCAUACAAAGUACAAUAUUAUAUUAUAUAUUAAAUAUUAAACUAUUCUCUGACUAGAUAUAUGUGUGUACAUGAGUAUAUGCUUGAAUUUGUGACUAUAGAUGUUAUUUGCAUAACUUGAAUAUAUAAAUGUAGUAUCUUUCUUAUACAACAGACAGAUCUGAUUUCUUAUCCGUUUUCUCAGGUGUCUGGGAUGACUCUAAAAGAACAUACACCACGCUGAUCAGCGAUACUGUGGCUUUUAUUGAUUGACUGUUGUCCAGUUUUAUGGAGCCAGCUAAUGGUGGCGUCAUAAUUCCAUGGAAAUGAAUAGUGCACUAUCUAAUAUUUUUGGAGGAAGAUUCUGUAAAAAAAAAAUAAAAUAAAAAACACAGAAAGAAAAGGAAAAAAAAACCUGUGCUGGAUAUAUAACUUUAUUACUUUACAGAUAGGAAUUCAAUGUCUUUUCCUUUCGAACCUUGUUGCUCUAUUAUUACGAUUGCUUGCAUUAUCAUUGCUGUUGUUAUGAUUAUAAUUCUCACAUUUAUUUUCAGCGUUUUCUUGCAACAACUUCCUUUUCGAUGGAAAUGUAUUGCUCUCUUACCUCCCUUGUAACUGCAAGACCAUGUUGAAUUACUCAGUCGAGCCUGUUCACUGUUGGACCCAUCCACCGAGACUGUGCUAGGCCUUAAGUGCAAUGAGACGGAGGGGCCGAAAUCUUGUCCUCGUGUGUAUGAAUUUGAUAUAACCUGAAACGAACAAAUGGUAGACUGACUUUUCCUUUCUCUCGACAGAACUUCUUCUUCUACCACCUUUGACUCGCUACUUUUUGAUGCAAUGUCAAAGACGUACAGUUUGUUUAAAAGAAGCUUAAAGCAAGUGAAGGCUGAAACCUUAAAGAGCUUAAAAACUUUUGACAGUGCUAUUUUUCUAUGUAACUGUGUGCACAUACUCUUUCAUGGGCAUUGGUAGCCCCGUCGUCACUUUAGUGGUGACGGUGUGCUGCUAAAUGUUAUUGCGGGUAUUGUAUUCAUCAUUUUAUCCCUUUCCACAUGUGGAUUAUGAACAGCUCCCUGUUUGUGACUGUUAAGAACUAUGAAUCUUAUGAGUACACCACUACCAAACAUCACUUGGUGAUGUCUACUGUUCCUGCCUAUAGGGAUGCUGGGAAAAGUGGUCUGGCUUCCCUCCCAAAACACCAAUAAAUAAUUACCCCUGUUCACUGACAA